GAAACGUCAUCGGGUAUCACGUGGCUAUUCAUUUAAUUUCCAGCACUGUGAUGACAAUGUUGACGUUUCUGAAAGCAGGAACAGCCUGCCGCAAGUGAUUGAACAUUUCAAUAGAAAAACAUGAACACAAGUAAUGUAUCGGGGGGAAGCUCCAUCUUGAUACAACGUGUUGAUAAGCUUCUCGAGUCUCGACUUGAAAAUGACAAGGAUACUUUAGAAGCUCUCAAAGAAUUGUCAACUUUUUUUACUGACAAUACACUGAACGCGCGAAGAAAUUUGCGGAGCAAAAUAGAGCGCAGGAGCUUGCACAUUAACGAAGACUUUUUAUCGGCAUUUAGAGAAGUAAAAUCCGCCUUGGAUGGGAUAUACGACGAUGUCGUAGCCAUGAACUCCUCUGUCCAAACUAUGACCAAUCAGUUGCAAACCACCAAAACACAGACACUCCAACUAAUCGAUCAAACUACGAAGUUACAAAAUGAAAGCAAAAAAUUGUCAAUGCAGCAAGAUGUCGCUAAUACAUUUAUCAAGAACUUCCAACUGACUUCGUCUGAACUCGCUAUACUGCAUGGCCCCUCCCGAGAAGCGCCCAUUACCAACGAGUUCUUUGCUGUUGCUGAUCGUGUACAGGAGAUACAUAGCAACUGCCGAAUCUUGAUGCAAUCUGGCUACCAAACGUUGGCGCUAGACGUUAUGCAGAGAAUGACACUGCUCCAAGAAGCGGCAUUGGAAAGGCUAUAUCGCUGGACGCAAAGCCAGUGUAGACACAUUGAGAAUGAGCUGCUUGCUCCCCUAUUAAUCAAAGCAAUGAGCAAGCUGGAGGAUCGGCCUGUUCUCUACAAAUACGUAUUAGACGAGUAUUGUACUGCCAGGAGAUCCAUUUUGGUUGGAUCAUUCAUUGAUGCGCUAACACUUGGCCACGCAUUUGGCGGUAGUUCCAAUCCGAUAGAAAUGCACGCUCAUGACCCAAAGCGGUACGUUGGAGACAUGCUUGCCUGGCUACACCAGGCCAUUCCGGUAGAGAAAGAAAAUAUAUUAACGCUAGUAAAAGCAUGCGAUAAAACAGAUGUAUCGGAUCAGAUUAAAACAGCUCUCGGUAAUAUAACAGAGGGGUUGUGCCACCCGUUGAAAUCCAGGGUUGAACAUAUCCUUGCGGUGGAAGCUCCUGCAACAGUUUUUUAUUCUGUAACAACAUUGAUCAGAUUUUAUCAGGCGAUAAUAACGCAAGUCGUGCCUGACAGCAUGUUGACAACUACCCUCAACGAUCUCUUGGAGCAAAGCGAACGUAGUUUCGUUACUCGACUUCAGAGAGAAACUCGAGCUGCUUUGGGAGAUCGCGCUGAGCCACCAGGCACCGAUCUGGUUCCAGCACCAUCGGUUUCCAGGCUGCUCUCUCUCCUCAACGAAGUUCUCUCGGUUGCCAGCAUAGCUGAAGAGAGAGAGAAAGACAUGCUUCAAAUUGUAUCCUGCGUGAUCGAUCCGUUAUUGCAAGAAGUUAAUGAAACUGCAUCGAGAUUACCAACCGUGGAUAUGGCUGUGUAUCUUCUGAACUGUAUGCAUCAAAUACAAUCUACUUUGGCCUUGUACGAGUACAUGGAUCAGAGACUGGAAAGACUACAGGCGCAAGCAGAUGCGCAGCUGGAUACUCUGACGUCUGAACAAGCUAGUUCUUUGGUUGCAAAUUUAAAUCUUGGCCCAAUAUACACGAUUCUGCAAGGGCGAGAACAAGGCCCACUCUCAUUGAUCCCUGGGAUGGAUCCACUGAGUGUAAAAGAAUUCACGAACAAACUGGAAGCGUUUCUGGUGAUGCCAGACAUUCUUUUGCUACCCCAAAUCAGCUUGUUACAGAGUAAUACGCAUCGAACAGUUACGCAGAGACGAUCGUUUGAAGUUAUUGGUGCAAUAUACAAACAGCUUUAUGACGGUUGUCAUGAUCCUAAAAAUAACUAUCAAAAUCCAAAUAGCUUAUUCACAAGAACACCUGAGGAACUGUUGAAAGCGCUAGUCUCUUAACGUUGCUCAAUACAGGGUUUUAAAAAAAUUUGCUAAACAACGUACGUAUUUGCCUCAAAACAGGACAUUUUAUAACUGCGAUCAUAACGAACUGCCUGAGAAACUGUCCGUGGCCUUAAGACGCAAUUUUGAUCAAGAUUUUUGCUUCGAGUCGGUAAUUUAUUUCUCCAAGUACCAGUUAGGUACUUGUCGCAGAUGUAUUUUUUUAAGUGGCCUGCUAAUUCAAUCCAAAAAACCAACCCUAAAACCGCUAAACUGUUGGAUGGAGGUCUCAUUGUGAAAAACUUGUUUUGAGACACAAUGGUCCUUCAAAAGAAUCCUGUUUUGAAAUGUAUGCGUAGGAUUUGCUUGAAGUCAAAGAUGUCUUGGACGUACAAUCUGGUCGAAAACCUGUGGGUACAGAAAAUUGUUAGUCAAGAGAACAGUGAGAUUAGUUUAAACAGUGGAACGGAAGGUAAUCGAUUGAACAUUGAUUAAUUCAACGAAAUAAAACUACAAUCCGCAAGUUUAAAUAGCAGAAGCUCAGUUAUCGUCAACUUUGGAGAAAUUACAUUAUUAUAUUAUUUUUAACAUAAGCUAGUAGCUCGAUAUUAUUUGUUCCCACACUUUUAUAACCAGACAGGUAUGUAAGUCCAGUCCUAUUGAUCGAACCGUGUAAAUCGUUACCCAAUCCAGAAUACAUGGAAAUGUAAUUUCACAGUAUGCCUAUACGUGUGUAAAAUUCAUGGAUUGUCCAUCCUUAUAUACUGUAAAAUACAAAUUAUUAAACUUGAAAAA